GAAUCAUUCCAUUCGGUUCAGUCUGUUAUCAAAGUAAUAAGGCACUCAAGUUAAUGAGAUACUCAGAGUUUGCUGCUCUGUACGCUGGUACUGUCUGCAGCAGCACAGAGCAUCACAACGUGCAUGUAGGCACAUUGAGAAGAGACGCAUAAAGAUCAUCUGAUCAAUGGCUGCACUGUGGUCAAAGAUCUCCGCUGCUCUGCCUCCUAAUGAAGAACAGUUUCCACUCCAGUUUAGUGGCCAAGUGGAUUCCAGUGUGGUGGAAAUGCUGAAGCGGUCCACUCGGCAGCUGUACAGCUACACCACAAGAGCUGUGCAACUGCUCACUGCUCAGAUUAUUCUGGAUUUUUCGUGGGAGAAACUCAACACAGGAACAUGGCGCGAUGUGGACAAAGAGUGGAGGAGAGUUUAUUCUUACGGGUGCCUCUUCAAGGCGGCCGCUCUGUGUCGGGAAGAUCCGUCACCUGCAGAGGUCCUGCAGGCUGUGAAGACGUGUGAUAUGGGAUUACUCAUGGGUGCGGCCAUCAUGGAUGAUAUACUGCAGGUGGUUGUUCGGAUUCUGCAGGGUGAAGUCGGGAAAUCGAGUAAAGAUGAGGAGGAAGAGAAGAGGGAGCAUCUUCAGGUCAAGAGAAUAAAGGUGGAGAUCCCACGUGUUCCAGUGAUCAAAGAAGAGCUGGCUGUUCCCAGGAUCAGGAGUCCUUCACUGGAGAGCUUCAACAAAAAAUACCUGGUCCCACUCAAACCAGUGAUUUUAGAGGGAGUUAUUGACCACUGGCCUGCCCUCAACCAACGACCCUGGAGCAUAGAAUACUUGAGGUCUGUGGCCGGAUGUCGGACGGUUCCAGUCGAGGUGGGAUCGAGGUACACGGACGAGGAAUGGUCUCAAACACUGCAAACCGUCGAUGAAUUCAUCGAUCGAUACAUUGCAAAUAAAGAUGGAGGCAACGCUUUGGGAUACCUCGCUCAACACCAGCUUUUUGAUCAGAUUCCAGAACUGAAGGACGACAUUCGCCUCCCUGAUUAUUGCUGCCUGGGGGAAGGAGAAGAAGACGAUAUUACAGUGAACGCCUGGUUCGGCCCCGGAGGAACAGUGUCUCCUCUUCACCAAGAUCCCCAGCAGAACUUCUUGGCUCAGGUGGUGGGGAGCAAAUACAUUCGCCUAUAUUCCCCAGAGGACUCAGACAAGCUGUACCCUCAUCAAUCCGAACUCCUUCACAACACCAGUCAGGUGGAGGUGGAGAAUCCUGAUGCGGAGCAGUUCCCUGAGUUCUCCAAAGCUCCGUAUCAGGAGUGUGUGUUACAGCCCGGAGAGGUGCUGUUCAUCCCAGUGAAACACUGGCAUUAUGUCCGCUCCUUAGAGCUCAGCUUCUCCGUCAGCUUCUGGUGGUCGUGACUGCAGGCCCGUAAUAAAAAAGAAUAACUGUUGCUUGUUUUCUUGCCGCUUCGGAGGGAAUUUAAUUUGGAGUUCUAUAACCGCUGCUAUGCUCAUUUUCAUAAAUCUUGUGACAACCAGUGAUCACACAAACCUUUUGAUCCAUGAACAAUGAACACACAGUGCUGAAUGAUUAGUUUAAUUGUGCCGCUGAUGAGUGCAGCAAAAUCUAUUGUGUGGAAAGCUAGCCGCAGGAGGAAAAAAAACAAACAAAUGAGGAGUUCCAACUGUGUGUGCUCAUUUCAUCCUGCAUAUCAUUAACGCAGGGUUGUUAGCCCUCUAAUUUGAUGGGAUCUGUGUCUCUUUUCUAAUUGGCUUAUUUAAUUGUAUUCUCAACCUCAUACCUACAAACAUCCUCGUACGAUGUGAUUUCCAUAAUUCAUGGAAAUGAGGUGAGUCUUCAGAUUUAAUAACCGAGGGAGCUACAGGUACAAAAAUUAACUAAUAAACACUGGUUUCUGGUUAGAGUGACAGUGUGAGGCGAUGAAUUAAUAAAUGAAUUAAUCCCCUGGGCACAGACCGACUUUGAAAUCCAAACAGUCUCACUGCUUUGAUACCAUGACGGCAUGACUCGUGAUGUCACACCAAAGACACGAUGAAGACAGGAAGCCCUGCGUGUCAGAUUUUUAAAUGUAUAACAUUAGACCCCAGUCAAGUGUCCCAUAGGUCUGUUUCACUCGAGCACUGUAAUUCAGACCGUGAUGCCCAGAACUGAUGUCGACAUUAAUUAGAUUUUCAACCAGAAUAACAUUUAGCUUCAAGAAGUGUUCGGGGAAAUCGGAGCAGAGUACUUGUGAAGGCUGGGGGAAGAGUGACUCCAGAAAAUUGGAAGUUGUUUUUCUGAUUUUAGCCUAGCGGUUUGUGCAAGCCCCCCCAUGUACAGAGGCUUAAGCCCCUUAAAUAAAUGGUAUAGAACUUAUAGUCCAAAACAUGCAAAAAAAAACUGCACUGUCCUCAGUUCUCUUCUUGAGAUCUUGACCUAUUUUUCUGGUUAUCUUGGGGUUGCGCUUGUUUUCCUUUUAUAAAAGAUUAAUUUAUCUCAUUAUCUCGAGCUAGUAAAGUUUGUUUUCUCGGAAAACCAAACAAUAGGCUGGUCACUGAGAAAGGCCUGACCGUCACAUGCGAUGCUGCCAUUGCUCACACUAAUGAUGUAAGUUUCGCCUUUUUUCUAAGUUUGAUUUGUGCUUUUUUCAGGGGAUAGAAGACGGAAAUGAGUCAUUGUCACAGUAAAAUGGACUAAAUAAAAUGUCUGGUUAUUUUAGUUAUUUUUGUAGAUGUAAGAAAUGUAGCGUAAAACUUCAUAUAAAAGCCCAUGCUAGUAGACGCAGUCCCUUUUAGUAUCCCAUUUUUUAAACUACAUUUUUUUUAUUGAUAUCCUAGUUUUGUACACAUUUAAAGUGUACUUUUACAAUUGUAUAGUCUUUGCCAUCUUUGCUGUCCAAGAGUUGUGUUUGAAAAUAAUUAAAGGCCCAUCUCGUAUUGAUGUCUUUCCCAAUUAAAAGCAGGGUCAUUUUGAAGACUGAAGUCAAUAAAAGCCUGUCCAUUCAUUAAAGUUUCACUGUUAUUGGUUUACAUAGAAGUUCACUUUAUGACUAAUUGAUUAAAAAAAAUAUUGGAAACAGUGUUCUUUAAGUCCUCAUCAAUCUGAUAAGUAAAUAAAUUACACUAAAAUGUUUUUGCAUAGCUGCUUUCAUGAUAGAGCUCCAAGAAAAAAGAUAGUUUGAUGUCUUUAUUACGAUACAUUUUUCUGUUGAGAAACAUUGUUGACUAAGUGAAAAGUGAUGCAUUAGACUUGAUGUUCAUGUUAUGAAUAUUCAACUUUUAACAUUUCCUUAAAACAUUCAUAUGAACCCUAUCUGGAUUAAACUCUGUGAGUUAAAGCGUUGUACUUCACUGAGCCCGCCAGACUUGUUGUUGUCAAGUAAGUGGCAUAAUUGACUCAAGAUCACACAAAACUGCUUACACUCAUUGUAAGUGAUCGAUAGUUAAUUACCAGUGAAGUCAUGUUGGACCUCCGAGCCUAUAACCCAUCUCUUCCACCUCGACCCUCUCCUCCCGCUCCUCUUCUGAUUAAUGGCUGCAUUGAUUGUUAAAUAAAUCAGGAGUCAAAUCAGCA